AAAUCGGUGAAUGUCAUUUUCCGUCCUAAUACUUGUCUCGUUUCUGCUCUGCCUCCAAAGUUAGCCCGACAAAUCCCGUGCCCAAAAUAGUGGAUCAAACCACAGAGCACAAGCCUAGGUUAGUGGUCUGUCUGAGGCUCCUGAUUGAUUGAGCGCCGUAGCUUCGUGGAUUUGGUUUUCCUCGUCAUCCGAAAACCUCUUUUUCUACUGUUACCUCCUUGUGACGAUCUAAACCGCUCUCUCCCCUUCUUCUCUUUAUCCCCCUCAAACUCCCUCCCUUUCUCGAUCAUAUCCCCCCAAUCUCCCCUCUUCCUUUAUCCCGUCACAAUGUUCAAGCUCGGCCGUAGUCGUGCUGUGGCUUCGGCCCUCAACGCCUCAAAGCUCCAGUUUGCUGCACCUGCCGCUCGAUUCCCCGGCGUUCAACAGCGACGAGCUCUGAGCAUUCACGAGUACCUCUCUGCCGACCUCCUCCGACAGGUAAGGUUUUAUCUACUCAAUGUCCCCCCCUUGACGACCGUCGAUACUACGAACUACAAACUACGGGACUCACCUUAGAAAAAACCACGGCUGCUAACCCCCAACAGUACGGCAUUGGUGUCCCCAAGGGUUCCGUCGCAAAGUCCGCCAAGGAGGCCAAGGAGAUCGCUGAGAAGAUUGGCAACGAUGAUAUGGUUAUCAAGGCCCAGGUCCUUGCCGGUGGCCGAGGAAAGGGUACCUUCGACAACGGCCUGAAGGGUGGUGUCCGUGUCAUCUACUCUCCCCACGAGGCCGAGAUGUUCGCCGAGCAGAUGAUCGGCCACAACCUCAUCACCAAGCAGACGGGCGCUGGCGGCCGUCUCUGCAACGCCGUCUACAUUUGCGAGCGCAAGUUUGCUCGUCGUGAGUUCUACCUCGCCAUCCUCAUGGACCGUCAGAACCAGUGCCCCGUCAUUGUCUCCUCUUCCCAGGGCGGUAUGGACAUUGAGACCGUCGCCAAGGAGACCCCCGAUGCCAUCCACACCAACUACAUCGACAUCAACGUUGGUGUCACCGACGAGGUUGCCCGCGACAUUGCCACUAAGCUUGGCUUCAGCGAGCAGUGCAUCGAGGAGGCCAAGGACACCAUCCAGAAGCUCUACAAGAUCUUCACCGAGAAGGACUCUACCCAGAUUGAGAUCAACCCUCUCUCAGAGACCUCCGACCACAAGGUUCUCUGCAUGGACGCCAAGUUCGGUUUCGACGACAACGCCGAGUUCCGACAGAAGGAUGUCUUUGAGUGGCGCGACACCACUCAGGAGGACCCCGAUGAGGUCCGCGCUGCUGAGUCCAACCUCAACUUCAUCAAGCUUGACGGUGAUAUCGGCUGCCUUGUCAACGGUGCCGGUCUUGCCAUGGCCACCAUGGAUAUCAUCAAGCUGAACGGAGGUCAGCCCGCCAACUUCCUCGACGUUGGAGGCGGUGCCACUCCUGCUGCUAUCCGAGAGGCUUUCGAGCUCAUCACCAGCGAUGCUAAGGUCACCGCUAUCUUUGUGAACAUUUUCGGUGGUAUCGUCCGAUGUGACGCCAUCGCCACUGGUCUCAUCAAGACCGUUGAGAGCAUGAACCUCCGAAUCCCCAUCAUUGCCCGUCUCCAGGGUACCAACGUUGAGCAGGCUCACCAGCUCAUCAACGACUCUGGUCUUAAGAUCUUCUCCAUCGAUGACCUACAAACCGCCGCCGAGAAGGCUGUCCAGCUGUCCAAGGUCGUCAAGAUGGGUAAGUUGCAUUGGGCCCUACAACGCCUGUUCUGAUUGCUAACACUCGAAUAGCCCGUGACAUCGAUGUCGGUGUCGAGUUCACCCUCGGAAUCUAAACAGCUCCACUUGAAAAUGCUGUUAGACGAGCAGUGGUGAAUGGAUAUGAUAUAAUAACAAGAUGUGAGACUUGAGCGCCAGGAGGCUGCGGUUCCAACCAAAACCGAGAGUAGAUGAAACAAACACUCAUGAAAAAGAGUGGGAGACAUGGGUGGAUAUUCCUGUUUUUUUUUUAAAUUUAGCAUGCAUCGGUCGGUCUUUGGAGCUCGCUGCUCGUAAAGACACAUGGUUUCGAUGCUCUCGAAUGUGUCCGAUUGGUUCGAUAGAAGGACGGAUGAUUAAAGGAUGGACGGGCGAUAUGGUCUCCAACAAGAUGAUUUUUCGCGUAUCCACGCCCUGCAACUGUUGUGUUCCUGCUGCUGUGAUUUGUGAUAUGGCGUG